AUGCGUUGGAUGCGUUUUGCUUCUUCCCUUCUUGCUGCUCUCAGCUUCUUCACCCUUGAGGCUGUAGCCUGGGCCGAAUGCACAAAACCAGAAGUCAGGAAGGAAUGGCGUACAUUGUCCACCAGUGAGAAGGCUGCUUGGAUCGCCGCCGUCAAUUGUGUGUCCAAGUUCCCUCACGACCCCAAGCUCGCACCGAUUGUCCCCAGGAACAUCUCAGACAUCCCACCUGUCAAUGAGUCUAGCAGCUACUGGGACGACCUCACCUACAUUCACAUGGAUCUGAACACCCGGAUCCACUUCACGGGUUACUUCCUCCCAUGGCACCGCUGGUAUGUUGCAGUGGUCGAAUCGGUCAUGAAAUCCAGAUGUGGGUUUAAAGGAACCGUUCCGUACUGGGACUGGAGACUUGACUACAAGGAUGUGAAGACCAGUCCGCUCUUCACGGACCCGGACCCUAUCAGCGGUUUCGGUACAUGGGGCGACCCCGCCAAGGACUUCCAGGUCCAGGAUGGCGGGUUCGCCACCAUCGAGCACGCGUACCCCGUGCCGCACAGGCUCCGGCGCAACUACACCCUCCAGCCCUGGCUCCAGCUCACCCCCGAGCAAGACCCGACGAUGACGGACGUCAACUGGGAGGGAAACGCGUCGUUCGUCCCGCAGCGGAUCCAAGAGCUGGUGGACCACACCCCGGGCGACUUCCCCGGCUUCCAGAUGCGCAUGGAGGCCCAGGUCGGCCCGCACGCAAACGGGCACCAAAUCGUCGGAGCUGACAUGGCCGGCUAUUGUCCCUCGGACGCGUACCCGAACUGCCUGCCGGCGCCCACCUUCUCUGUGAACGAGCCGCUGUUCCAGCUGCACCACGCGAUGGUCGACAAGGUGUGGUACGAGUGGCAGCACGCCAACCCCGAGAAGAGCUUCUGGGCGUUCCACGGCGGCUCGAUCCAGAAUCAGACGUCCCUCGCCGCAGCGAACGAGUAUCCGAACGGCAUGCCGCCCUGGAUCUCGCUCACUACAAAGAUCCAGGCAGACGGCCUGUUCCCCGAAGUUACGAUCGCCGACGUCAUGAACACGACGGGGGGAUAUCUCUGCUAUGUCUAUGAGUAG